AUUCAUCAUCAACUUGCAUAGAAUCAACCCAGAAGGAGACGAAGCUCAGCUUUGUAAGGUCUUUCCACACCAGCACUCAUUCCUACACAGUUCUCUUCUUUUCUUUUGUUCUUUCUUUUCUUUCCCUUGCUUGCCCGACAUCCUCCCAGAUAAUGUCGAGGUAGCAACAGGCACGCCGCCCGCUCAGCAGCCAUGUCGUUCGCCAGCACGCCCGUCACUCGCACGCUUGUGCUGGCCCUGGUCGGGGGCUCGAUUGCGGCGAGCCUCUUCGACGUCAAGCACUACUUCUACAUCUCGGUUGGCACCCACAUCCUGCGGUACCGCCAGACAUGGCGAGCUCUGGUCUGGCAGCUGUGCUACACCAACUCGUCCGAGGUGCUCUUUGGCGCCAUGACCCUUUACAACCUGCGCGUGGUUGAGCAGCAGUGGGGUUCGAGGAAAUUCGCCUCGUUCGUGCUCGUCUCGGGGUUCCUCACCUCCAUCAUCACGCCGGUGGUCUUGACGGUGGUUCUCCGGCCGCUGAGCUGGGGGAUCUUCGACUUCCUACCGGCCGGCCCCACGCCCCUCAUCUUCGCCAUCCUGGCGCAGUACCAUGCCAUGGUCCCGCACGUGUAUCAGUACAAGGUUGCGCUCACCACGGGCGCCCCCGGGGACCGCGACGACGCCCCCGGGGUGACGUUCUCGGACAAGUCGACCAAGUACGUCAUGGCGCUCCAGCUGGCGCUGUUCCAGUGGCCGGGCUCGCUGCUCGGCGCCGCGGUGGGCUGGAUGGUGGGCCAGGCCUGGCGCAGCGAACUGCUCCCCGGGGCACUGACGCGCUGGCGCGUGCCGGGGUGGGUUGUGGGCAUGCGGCGACCGCGGAGCAGCGACAGGUUCGAGGGCAUGCGGAGGAGGCUCGAGAGCGAGGGCGCGUCGACCGGCGUCGCCCCUGGAGCUCACCAGUCAGUUGAGACCGAGGGCAACCGACGGAGAACCAUGGGCCGGCAGCUCCUCGAUGAGGUUCGCGGCGCCUUCUGAGGGCCGCCUAGGUUGCUUGGACGUUUACUCAGUCGUCUUGGACAAAGCGGGCACUUCAGAAAAAGUUCGACGCGGCCGUGUUCCCGACUGCAACCAAUUUUUGGGACCUGCUUGUCCAUGCCACGCACCGUAAGCGCAAACACGCAGGCCGAACUACAAGCCACGCACAGUAAGGGUUACAAGAGUCUGAUCCUACAGGAGCUUCAGCGUGGUUUGCCUAGAUGUGCGGGAAGCCUCGCCACAGGAGCUUCACCCAAUCGUAUGGGUCUGUGGGCAAAGAUGUCAGGAAGGAUGACGACCCGGGAAGCCGUCCUAAAAAUACCCGUGGACGUUAUAGCCCACCUGGCUGGCAAGUCAGCAGCCCCGGAUGCCAAGAGCGGGGUCGUGGUUAUAGAGGUCCCGCCAAGACUAAUUUCGGAGGUUGCCGCUUACAAGUAUUUACAAUCGCUACGGGGUGAGCGGGGCCGCGACGACUUAGAGCAACAUCGACAAUGUACAAUCGCGAAGACUCGUAGCAACAACUUUACUAAACCUCAACC